CACCAGUACCACUAUUGCGGCCAUAGAAGUUACCCUUGCCCAGGUGGUAUAGACCAAUGGGACCUGUAAACUGGGCAUGCUUGUGACGAGCCUCUCAAAGGGGAGUUUCCCUUGGAACAGCUAUACUUUAGAAACAUCCUACAAUACCAUCAGAGCCAGGGACCCGUGGAUACCGAUCAGUAUCCCUAUAACCUAAACCCCAUACCCAUAACCUCAGGUGUCCCAUAUGACCAAUGUGAGCAUCGGCCAUGCGAACCGGCUUACAGUGUUGACGACAUAAUAUCAUCACACAAAGGCAGCUUAGGGGGAAAAUCAAUUUUUGGGCGUGGACUUAGGUUAAAAAUCGUCCAUUAACUUACACACUAUAUUUGCUUCUCGACUGCCCAGGACGACAACGCCCACGGACACGAUGGUACAACACGCUGGCACAUCGCAAUCCAAACGGAAGCGUCGUGAGCCAGACUCAGUCGGGUCAGCGAAGCCGCCCGCUAAAAGGCAGCGAAAACCCUCCAAGAAAGUGGGAGAUGCUCCAGCCAAAGUCAUCGAUUUGCCGCAUAACUUAGGUACUAUAACUGUACCUGAACUAAAUAGAGGUGAAGGGGCCCCCAGUCAGGACACCCAGCCGAACGGAGCCGCCUCUAGCGAAUGUUAUUCAGCAAGCUGGACAGCGAUGAAUGUUUCUACUCGAAGCUCUAUGCGAACCCCUUCUUCACAAGACUCGCAGCAGAAAUCCCAACCACGGCAACUUGGUAUUGACGUCGAAAUCGCGGCUGCUAGUCCCGCGGCGGUGAAGGGGAAAGCGGCGACGACGCCCAGGACAAGCCGGCGGAAAGCUCGGCCAGUGUUCAAUGAAACUCCCUUCCCAGAGUGGGCAUAUCCUACGGCCGAACAGUGUGAAGAAGUUUCACGCCUUUUAGCCACGGUUCACGGAGAAGUCAAAGCGCCAGCAGCGAUACCACUGCCGUCGCUGACAAUAUCAGGAUGUGGAGAAGUGCCAAGUGUUCUCGAUGCCUUGAUUCGCACCUUCCUUAGUGGUGCGACCACCGGCAACAAUUCUGCAAUGGCGUUCCAGGGCCUCGUCAAGAAAUUCGGUGUUCUCCAGGAUGGUGUGGGCAAAGGGAGUGUGAACUGGAACAAGGUGCGGGAGGCCCCAGUGCAAGAAAUUCGCGAUGCUAUAAAGAGCGGUGGUCUAGCGGAUACCAAGAGCAAACAUAUUAAAGAAAUACUCACCAUGGUAUUUGAGCAAAACAUAGCGCGACGAAAGGAUCUUGUCGAUGCAAAGCAAGGGGGCAACGAGACCGUCCAUCUUUCAGAUGAACACAUGUUAUCCCUGGAUCACAUGCACGGCUUAUCCAAAGAUGAGGCGAUGCAGGAGUUUAUCAAGUAUCCCGGAAUCGGCGUCAAGACAGCAGCCUGCGUCGUACUGUUCUGCCUUCGUCGGCCAUGUUUCGCCGUGGACACCCACGUCUUUCGGCUUUGUAAGUGGCUUGGGUGGGUUCCGCCGGAGAAGGUCAAUGAGAUUACGGCUUUUAGGCAUCUUGAAGUGCGAGUUCCCGAUCAUCUCAAGUACUCGCUUCAUCAACUAUUUAUAUUCCAUGGAAAGGAGUGUCCAAGGUGUCGGGCUAUAACUGGCGCGACAAGUCAAGGCUGGGAGAAAGGUUGUGUUAUCGAUCACUUGGUGAAGCGGACAGGUAAAAGAAAGGGGAGCAGGUCCGGUCUUGUUCAAACCAAAUUGGCUGUGUGAGAGAUGUAUCUUUUCGAUAUUGCUUCGCAUAGUUAGCACUUUGGCAGCGUUUUGAACAUCUUAACAGAACUAAAAAAGACCCUGGCUGGAGCUGGGACUUGGCUUUCGAUAGAUCCGAGCUGCGGAGUAUCUCCAUCCACGAGCUGUUCAUCUAAUUGGAUAGUUAUUGUUAGGA